GAUCUCAGAUCCAGGACUUGGGAGGAAGCAGCUGUGAACCCUAGAGUUGGCCAGACUAGCCUCCAGCUCUCAGAGCCUAGCUUUGGGCGGAAGGAUCAAGAACAAGACACUUCAGGAAUGCUGGAAGGAUGAAAGUCUAAAAUACCACACAGUUUCUGAAAAUACUUCAUUGGAACAGUCUUUAAGGUUUCCUUCAUCAUGAGAAAUGCUUCUUCUGAUCAUCCUACUGCUCUUGGCUGCUGUGGUCCAGCAAUCUUUUGGAACGGAUGAGAAAACCAUAUUGAGUGAAAUCACUGAAGAGAAAAAGAAGGACAUUGUCGACACAUUCAACACGUUGAGGAGAAGUGUGAACCCAACAGCCAGCAAUAUGCUGAAAAUGUCAUGGAGUGAAGAAGCGAGCGAGACUGCUAAAAAAUGGGCUGGAAAUUGUCAGCUACGACAGAGUCCUGUUGAAGAGCGCACUAUAAAUGGAUCUGUCUGUGGUGAGAGCAUAUCCCAAGCAGCUAUUCCUAAAUCUUGGGAAGAAAUAAUUGCAAAGUGGCAUAGUACAGUGUCUCAUUUCAAGUAUGGCAUAGGGGCCACUGACCCAAAGAAAAACAUCUAUACCUAUACUCAGAUUGUUUGGUACAGGUCACACCAGAUCGGUUGUGCGGUCGCCUACUGUGCACAAAGUACCUUCCCUUUCGUCUACAUCUGCCACUACUGCCCUGGAGGGAACAUAAUGGGGGAAAGUAAAACACCCUACAAAGAAGGUCCACCAUGUGGAGACUGCCUUAAUGACUGCGAGGACAAACUCUGCAAUCACGUCUUCAAGGAAAAGUUCCACCAACAGGUUAUCAACUUCCCUGAAAAUCCUGCAUGCCAUUGA